AUGGUGAGCAACCCUUGUGAGAAGGACCCCUCCUGUGCCAACAGUGCAGAUCGUGUGUCUGGGGGGAAGGAUGGCUGCGCGCAGAAAGGGGGCGAAAUGGAAGGGGAACAGAAAGAGACUCCCCCUGUCAGUUCAGCGGAGGAAAAGAAAGGGAGCGGUGCUGCCCCCGUCCUGAAUUCUUCAAAGGAUGACGCUCCUAUGGGCGAAGCGACUCCCCAGGAGGGGCCCAGUGGUGUGGCGGGGGAAAAAAAGGGCGGAAAGGAGAGCGGGCAGGAGAGCGGGCAGGAGAGCGGGCAGUUAAGCGGUGGGCAAACCGCACCGUCCGCCAACUUGCAAACCGCACCGUCCGCCAACUUGCAAACCGCACCGUCCGCCGCCCCGCCCGCGGACCCCCCAACCGACGAAGUCUGCGUGAAGCGAAUCAUAAACGUAGAAAUCACGGAAGAAAUAAAAAGCUUCCUCGAGACCUUCUCACAAAGGAGACAGCAAAUAAUCGACUGGUGCGACAAAAACAAGGAGCUCUACGCCAGUAAAAUAAACCCCCAAACGAGCAACUUCCUUUUCCAGAAGGCGAAGCACAUUCACCAACUCCUGACUGAGGAGAGCAUAAACAUUGACACGCUCAACGUGCUCCUCUACUUUUACAACUUGUAUUGCACCCACAACAAUUUGGAGAAGAUCAACGCGCACUCGGUGGUGUGCAGCUCCUGCAUAACGUACAGAGGCAUCUACGAAAACAUAAACCAAAACAGCAAGGCCUUCAAAAACCUGCUGAAGGAGGAGAAGGCGUAUAAAAAGCUCAUAGGGAAGACCAACCACCUGAAUGACUUCUUCUCCAACUAUAAGAAGACCUGCCCGUACGGCAUAAACCUAAUCCUCGGCAUAUUCCUCACCUUCCUGAGCGGCUACUACGGCAGCCUCCUGUUGGGCUUCACCAAGUUCACCACGCGCCUGAUCUGCGGAAUUGUCUUCUCCUACGUCACCCUCAUCCUGGAAGUCAUCAUUUUUAUAAUUAUUAACGAAAAAGUGGAGAACCUGAAGAGGAGCCAGAAAAGCGCGGGCAGCAACUACGGCUUGUAUGAAAAGGUAUACAUUAAGGAGGGCUCUGGUGGGAAGGGAGAGGUGGAUGAUCCACUGGGGGAAGCCGAGUUGGUUCCCCAAGCAGAGGUGCAAGAAAUGAAAGGGGUUGCCGAUGAGCACCCCACGUUGAAGCAGCGUCGGAAGGGUUAA